AUGAACCGAAACAAGGCUUCCGAUGACGGCCCGGCGGCGGUGGCGGCUGCGAUGCAGCGUGUGCUGCAGCUGCAGGAGGAUCGCGCCAAGCGCAUCAAGGCGGUGUCUGAAGAGCACCAGAAGGCCGUGGCGGAGCUGCGAUCUCGCACGCUGGCUCGCUACAGGGGGGAGCUGAGGCAAAGAGAGAAGAAACGCGCGCAGCAGGUUGCCAGGAUCAUGUCCAGCGUUGAGCGGCGCAGAGACAUCGAAGUCAAGAUGCAGGAGCUCGUGCUGCAGAUGCACCUCGAGGUGAGAAAGGUGGAAGAGAUGAUGCUGGUGGGCUAUCAUGGGAGGGAGAUGGAUGUCAGGUCGUCGAUGGAAGGGCUGUAG